CGGCGAUAAGAUAACUCAAUCCAUUGCGUUGUGGCUUAAGCUACUUCCCCUCAUUUAUAAUGGAUCCAUAAUCCCUGAAAAUGGGGUUGUUCUUCUUCCCUGCGAGUGCUGCUCUCCUGUAUCAGAACCAUUGCCCAUGUAUCAGCUACUACCUGUCAUUGUAGGGCUGCUAGCCCCUUCCGUUGCGUCUCUCAGCGUUCCUUCGGCGCAACAGCUCCUCAAUUCCUGGUCCUCCGGCGAAAGUAGCGAUCUUUGCCCAUUGGCACCUAAAAUCGAAGCCCCGGAUGACGGCUUCUUCUCAUCGGUCAAGUUUGUUACCGACGAUGCGGUGAAGUCACGACAGGUCGACCGUCUGUCGCGAGCAGUUCAAGUCCCGACCGCGAUUGAUGAUUACAUGAAAGACCCCUACGAUGAGAAAUUUGCUCCAUUCCUUGACUUCCACGAGCUCUUGCAAACGCUGUUUCCUCUCCUCCACUCCCACGCCCGUGUAGAUCACGUAAACCGCCUGGGACUAGUCUACACACUCAAUGGCACCGACGACAGCCUCAAGCCGAUCCUCUUCCUGGCUCACCAGGAUGUCGUGCCAAUCAACGACGCUGCCGACUGGACAUACCCUCCAUUUGCCGGUCACUUCGACGGCGAAUGGCUCUGGGGCCGUGGUGCCAGCGACUGCAAGAACGUCCUGAUCGGUCUUCUGUCGGCCGUGGAGGACCUGCUGUCCCAAGACUGGCAGCCCACACGCAGCGUUCUCUUUGCCUUCGGUUUCGACGAAGAGUCCCACGGCUUUCUCGGCGCCGGAAAUAUCUCGGAAUUUCUGCAGAAGAAGUACGGUCCCGAUAGCUUCGAAUUCAUCCUCGACGAAGGCGGCAUGGGUCUGGAAACCUUCAGCGACAACAACGACAACAACAAGCUAGCGAGCGCCACCGAUGACGAUGAUGGAAUCAUCUACGCGCUCCCCGGCGUCGGCGAGAAGGGCAGCAUCGACAUCGUGCUCUCCCUCGCCGUACCCGGCGGCCACAGCUCCGUGCCCCCGCCUCACACGGGCAUCGGCAUCAUCUCCGAGAUCAUCUACUCACUUGAGCGACAGGACCUUUUCAUCCCCGUGCUGGACGAGCGGCACCCAUCCCGGCAGAAACUCGAGUGCCAGGUGCGCCACUCGCCCGCGCAGGUCGAGCCGUGGCUGGCCUCGGCCCUCCGCUCCUCGGACCACGUCUCCCUGGCCGAGAAGCUGGCGGACUCCCGCGGCGACAAGUUCCGCUUCAUCCUCCAGACCUCGCAGGCCGCCGACCUCGUGGCGGGCGGCGUCAAGUCCAACGCCCUCCCCGAGAAGAUCUCCGCGCUGGUCAACUACCGCGUGGCCCUGCACCAGACCCCGCAGGAGAUCCAGCGCCGCGCCGUCGACAUCAUCGGCCCGAUCGCCCGCAAGUACAACCUGAGCGUGACCGCGUUCCCCGCCGACAACCAGGUCGACACCUCCCUCAACAACCACCUGACCCUCACCACCCUCAGCGGCGCUCUCGACCCGGCCCCCGUCAGCCCGACCGACCUCCGCACCGACCCCGUCUGGGCCCGCUUCUCCGGCGUCACCCGCGCCGUCUUCGAGUCCGUCCCCGCCCUCCAGGGCAAGACCGUCGUCGUCAGCGGCGACAUCAUGACCGGCAACACCGACACCCGGUUCUACUGGCCCCUCACCCGGAACAUCUACCGGUGGAGUCCCUCCCGCGCCGGCCGGGCCGUCAAUAUCCACACCGUCGACGAGCGCGUGGGCAUCGACGCCCAUUUGGAGGCCAUCAUGUUGUACUAUGAUCUCAUUCGUUCUUUUGAUGCUUGGGAAGGUAGUCCGGAUGAGGUCUCGCUUGAAUUGUGAUGGUGAAGCAAGAGACAGGUACCCCCGUGCUAGCGCGAGGAAAAUAGUAUAUGCUAGACCCUGGUUUCAGCUCCGUAAAAUGGCUCGGAAUCAGUCCAGUAAGACUAUGUCAGUAUCCCAGGAAAGAAAGGCUUGGGUGAUGGUAGACGACAGUGUCCCUCUAUUCGGGGUCAUUGACACGUCCAUCCAACGCUUGCAAUGCAUUAUGAC